AAACUUUUAACGCAACGCGGAAACUGAAAACAGAAUCGUACAAGAAUCAAUCGUAAACAAACAUCACCGACGAACAAACACUAACCCACCCACAAAUAACGCUGCUUUCCACUGUCGGUGUCAGAAAAAUUAAUUAAAAAGCUCCCAAAAAAUCAACUCACAAAACCAAACUUUUUAACAAUUAAAAAAAGUGCGGAUCGUCAUAUUCGAUUCAACCUGACUGAUUUUAUGCUCCGACGCUACAUCACACAUCAUACAUCCUCAAUUAUUUUAUUCUUCUUCUUCAAUUUUUCAAAGGAUUCAUUAUUUCAUUUUCCAUGUUCUACAUUGGCAUUUUGGUUAAUCCCUAUAUUUCGGUCAAUGUCUGAAACUUAGAAUGUGCUCAGGCAUGGCUCUUUUAAGAAACAAUGGUGAAUUAUUUCCAGAGAGAAGAGUCAUCAUUGAUGCAGCUUUCAAUUCUAUUGGUAAAAGUGAUCAUGGCUCUAAAGUUUCACGUCGUGGUAGAAGGUUUGGCAGGAUCACCAAACACAGACUUUUGCGCUGGAUUUUCCUCCUCCUAGCACUCUUUUCAAUAUUCUUAACAGUUUAUGGACUGAAAAAGUUUUUACAAGGUGAGGCCAGAGACAUGAGACUUUCUUCCUGAUAUUUUCUAAAAUGGAAUCCAGGUUCUCAAUGCCGCGUGAGCUUCACUUAGAACGUGGUGAAGAACGUAACCUACAAGAGAGUAGUUUUUUGUUCGACAUUGGAAGGCCACCUAAAAGCAAGCGUCGGAAGCAUUUUCCUUGUGACGUUGGAUUUCUGCAGUCAGUAGAUGGCCUUGUUGAACCUAAAAAUUAUAUGAACUUCACAUGGUUUUCACUAGACUAUGUUGACCAUGAAGAAAAAACAUCCAAAAUUGAUUUAUUUGAACCUCGAUUUGGAGGGCAUCCAACGCUAGAGGAAAGAGAAAAUUCAUUUCAUGCAAAAAACCAGACAGUCCAUUGUGGUUUUGUCAAGGGGCCACUGGGAUAUCCAAGCACUGGAUUUGAUUUAGAUGAAAAAGAUAGAGCAUACAUGUUCAGCUGUAAGGUUGCGGUUUCUUCAUGCAUUUUUGGAAGCUCCGAUUUUCUUCGGAGGCCUACAAGUAGACUGAUCAGUCAAUAUUCAAAGGACAAUGUUUGUUUUGUUAUGUUCUUGGAUGAUCAAACAAUGUCCAAACUUUCAUCAGAAGGAAACCAACCUGAUGAUACAGGUCACAUUGGCCUGUGGAAAGUAGUUAUUGUAAAAAACUUGCCAUACGAGGACAUGCGAAGAACUGGCAAGGUGCCAAAAUUUUUAUCGCACCGCCUCUUCCCAAAUUCUAGGUAUUCAAUUUGGCUUGACAGCAAGAUGCGACUGACAUCUGACCCUAUGCUGAUUAUUGAAUAUUUUUUGUGGCGAAGGAAGGCAGAAUAUGCCAUUUCGAAUCAUUAUGAUCGUCAUAGUGUCUGGGAGGAGGUACUUCAAAAUAAGCGCUUAAAUAAGUACAACCACACAGCAAUCGAUGAACAAUUUAACUUUUACCAGUCUGAUGGCCUCCCCAAGUUUGACCCAUCAAACCCAAAUAAUCUACUUCCGAGCUAUGUUCCUGAGGGUUCCUUUAUAGUCAGGGCGCACACACCAAUGUCAAAUUUAUUUUCAUGUCUUUGGUUCAAUGAAGUUGAUCGAUUUACGUCCCGUGAUCAACUAAGCUUUGCUUAUACUUAUUUGAAACUCAGGAGAAUGAAUCCAGAUAGACCAUUUCGUCUAUAUAUGUUCAAGGAUUGUGAACGUAGAGCAUUGGUGAAGCUAUUCCGGCACAGGACAGUUCCAUCUCUGCCCGGGACUGCUUGAACAGUUCCAGCUCUAGACUGCUUGAUCAUUUCCAGCUCUUUAAGCCAAGCUCCUGACUUGACACAACAUGAUAUGUGAAGGGAUGCACAUUGAAGGCAGAGGUACUUUGACAUCCUUUCCAGCUUGACUAGUCUCGUUUUGAUGUGUAUGUUUCGAGCUGGACCGAAGAGAGGAAAACUCAACUGUAUCAAGGAGGGUUUCCUGUUCUUCUUGUGUCUAUGGUUGAAAAGUGAUUGCUGGUGCAUUAUUAUCGCAAAGAAUUUAACUCCGUUAUGGGGUUCAAUGAUAGAAGACCUUGUGAUCUAAAGGGCAAGUUGACCAAUGUUUCACUUUGUUCACCUUCCCCGUGAUUCGAGUUAAAAAUGGAGGAAGAGAUGAUUUUGCUAACAUUUGAGGUUAGUUUAUCUUUCCAUUUCGUGUAAGAUGUAACAGGUUCUCCAUAAUAUUAGUUAGUGGCUUAGUGCAGGAGGUAAGAACUGUAAAUUUCCUUUUACACUUUUGAUGAAUGAGGAAUUUUCCUUUUGUAACAUGUCACCAUAUCAUAGUAAUUACCUACUUUAAUUCAUAGCUCUUGUAUUGAGAAAAUAUUAAUAACACAUUUUAAAAAUUA